AAGGUGCGGUGGUACCACGGGGGCGGGGCUUCAGUCGCAGCGACGUCACAAGCGUAUUCUGGAGCGGUGCACUACAAGAGAAGGCGCACUUGACACGCGUGGACGUGGAGAUCUAGACCCUGAGGAGCUCGCCUUACGUGGUUGUUGUCCAUCUUUGAAGAUUUCUGAAAAUGAUGCUGUUUUCUACACCCAAGCAUUUCUGUACCUCCUCAUGAUUUGUUGUAGCACAAAUAUCUGAACAUCAGGUCUCAUCUCAGCUCAGGAAGAAAAAAGACUUCAUUAAAAAACAAAGAACCAGGAAGUUAGACUCUAUAUUCCUUGACUUUACCGAAAGGAAAGUCAUAGUGGUUUUCUAAUACGGGCCAUGCCCCACUUACUAAACAAUGACAGUUCCUUUAGCUCCAGGCAGGAGCUCCUGGACCUGCAGGAUGGGCCUGUUGGCCCCACUGUGGACUUGCCAAGCCCAUUGGAGUCACAGGUCAGCACACCUACUGGCUCCACUUCUUUCCGCCCAUCUAUAGAUGCCCCCAUCAAGACAACAAAGAACAUUGUUAAUAUCUCUGGGGGAAAAGUGGGAAUAAAUUUUAUUUCCUCGGAACCAGAGAGCCUAUGUGGAUGGGGAGCUCUGACCCCUCGCUUCAUCCAGAUCUUCAACACAGCACGAUGGGUUCUCUUCUUCUUAUGUGUGGCAUCAUUCCUCCAGGGCAUGAUAAUCAAUGGUUUUAUCAACACCGUCAUCACGUCAAUUGAGAGACGCUUCGACCUGCGCAGCUAUCAGGCUGGACUCAUUGCUAGCUCCUACGACAUUGCUGCCUGCGUUUGCCUAACGUUCGUGAGCUAUUUUGGUGGCACAGGGCACAAGCCCCGCUGGCUGGGCUGGGGAGUUUUUGUAAUGGCUCUCGGGUCACUCGUGUUUGCACUGCCACAUUUCACUACACCAGCUUACCAACCACAAGUACUGGAGCAAACAAGUCUGUGCUCAACCAAUCACACGGAGAAGUGUGGGGACAGCAAAGGAACUGGACUCUCAUCGUACCGCUACAUCUUCAUGCUGGGCCAGUUUCUACAUGGUGUUGGUGCCACACCGCUCUACACGCUUGGUGUCACUUACCUCGACGAGAAUGUCAAGUCCAAUUAUGCACCUGUCUACAUAAGCAUCUUCUACACAGCAGCUAUUAUAGGCCCGGCAGCUGGAUACCUGCUGGGUGGCUUCUUCCUCAACAUAUACACAGAAAUUGGCCAAAUUACUCUACUGACCCCAGAAAGCCCCCUGUGGGUGGGGGCAUGGUGGAUCGGUUUCUUGGCCGGAGGAGCUGCUGCUCUUGUCACAGCUCUACCCAUUUUGGGUUACCCUCGCCAGCUGCCAGGUUCUCAGCGCUUUAUAGCCAUGCGUGUGUCUGAGGCUCAUCAGUUAAAGGAUGGAAGUCAAGUGACAGCCUCUGAUCCCCAGUUUGGCAAGACAGUAAAAGACAUGCCUAGGUCUGUGCUGCUCCUGCUAAAGAACCCUACGUUUAUUUUUCUAUGUCUGGCCGGUGCUACAGAGGCCACUCUUAUUGCUGGAAUGUCCACUUUUGGGCCCAAGUUCCUGGAGUCUCAGUUCAGUCUUAGUGCCUCCGAGGCAGCCACCUGGUUUGGUUACAUGGUGGUACCCGCUGGAGGGGGCGGUACCUUUCUAGGUGGCUACAUUGUAAAGAAGAUGAACCUACGUUGCCGUGGCAUCAUUCGCUUUUGCAUGCUGUGUGCCCUGGUGAGCCUUGCAGCCGUCUUCAUCUUUCUGUUGCACUGCCCCAACGUGCCCAUGGCUGGAGUAACCACACCAUACCAGAGAAGCUCUCAAAGCUUCAUCUAUGCAGACAACAGUUUUGUUCUAGAUAAGAACUUGACCACACACUGCAAUGCAGAAUGUCACUGUGUCGAGGCACUGUAUAACCCAGUGUGUGGAGCUGAUGGAGUGAUGUACUACUCUCCCUGCCAUGCUGGCUGUAGUGCUCUCAACAACACACACAAGCAGGCAGAACGACAGGUGUUUACAGAUUGUAACUGCAUUAUGGGUAAUAUGUCGAGUGGCCUAAAAGGACAGGCCAUUGCAGGAAAGUGUAGCUCGUCCUGUAACCACAUGCCAACCUUCCUCACCUUCUUCUUCGUCAUCAUCUUCUUCACCUUUCUGUGCAGUAUUCCUGCACUCACAGCUACUCUAAGGUGUGUUCCUGACAGCCAGAGGUCAUUUGGACUGGGCAUUCAGUGGAUUGUGGUGCGAACACUGGGUGGCAUUCCCGGUCCAAUAGCUUUUGGUUCAGUGAUUGACAUCUCUUGUCUGCUAUGGCAAGAAAGGUGUGGAGAACGUGGGUCAUGCUAUCUUUACCAGAAUUCUGCCAUGAGCCAGUACACACUUAUUGCUGGCAUCAUCUACAAGUUUUUAGGCACUGUAUUCUUCAUGUUGGCAAGUGUGCUAUACAAGCCUCCUCCAGAUUCUUCACAGAACAGCUGUGAGAACACAGACCACAGUGCUGCAGACAAAGGUGUAGCGGUUGGACACCUGCCAGUUACGGACCUCCCACCUGAGAUCAUAGUCAACGUAGAUGCCAAGUUUUGACCUCCGACUCCAAACGCACACCUGCAUGAGUGUGUGUGAAUAUGUGCACGUCCAUCAACUUUAUGGCAUAUAAACCUGCACUGUGGUUAUUAUGUCUUUUCUUCAGUUGCACACGAAUUGGCCCGAACAUGCCUCGCACAAAUCUGAUACAUCUGAUACAUGAAGAUCAUCUGAUGCUGCAAACGGAUGGAUCACAUUUGUUCUUAAUGAAUUAAUGGUGAAUAAUGAAAGAUGCAGAAAGAAGUUCAUGUUUCUGUUUGAAUAGCCCUGUGUGAUCAGUAUAUUUCGGAUAUUUAGAUUCUUUUUAACCAGCCCAAGUUAUCAUAGAUCAGAGAUUAAAUCCAAAGAUUAAUCCUAGAGGCCCAACACCUAACACAACCAGUCCAUCUUAUGCAAGGCAAAAUUAACUGUUUAUGAGCUGGACUGAGUGUGUUUGGAGCAUGAGGACACUGCAUGGCACCCAGCCAAAAAUACCUUUUUUUUUCUAGAAUGUAUGCAAUGUCAUUUUUGAUUCGGUGCAAAUAUUAUAGGCAGUAUUAUGCUCAUUUUUUCUCUUCAUUAAUUGAUUUAUCAGUUAUCUGGUCAAUGUCAUGGCGAAUCCAGGGUUUAUCAUGCACACACAUCCACACACUUAUUUACACAUAGGGGCAAUAUAGAUGAACUAAUCCACCUCUUAACAGGUGGAGGGAAAACAGACAACCCAGAAGAACCCAAAGUUAUAAUCUAUCCUACAACUGUGAGGCAGCAAUGAUACCUACUGCGCCACAGUGCUGCACAUCAUUUUUUAUAUACUGUAUAUCAGAUAUACAGUACAUUGACAUUCUACUAUAAAUACUUAUUCUAUUUAAAAGCACAUAGAAAUUUCAAAGUAGUUAUUAAUUCACUAUAAAUUAUACAAAUAAGAUUUGGCUAAAAUGAUUGACACCAAAGUAAUUAAAUCAACAGCUCCUUAAAUGGACUUACUGUACUUGCAAUGGAUCAUCUAUUUAUUGGUAUUUUUAGGAGUCUUGCUAGACUACUAUUUAAGAAACAAACAGUCCAGAUGAUUAUGUGCCGAUCUUGCUGAGCCUUUACUCUUCUAACCUGCAACUCUGUUUGCACUUUAACGUCCUAAAACUAAAUCACUGAUUCACUGAACACCAUGUCUGGUUAUAUAGGCUGCAAUAUUAGUAUCAUAUGCAAGCCCUUAUCUGUGUUCAGCACAUGACUCGAUAUAUGUGUUUUUUAAUGGCUAACUAAAAGUAUAAACAGGACCUACAGUUUUAAACAAUUAUAGUGCCAAAAUAUGUCUUUUAGGACUAUGCAGGUGAGAAUCGCCUUAUGGAUUUGGUGUAUGUUGCAGCUUACGAAAAGAAUAAAGGUGGCAGCAAAAACCUGUUGGUUAUCAACUUACCUGUUUGAAUUAUAAACUAUAUGAACUGUGCUGAUUUAUAAUUUACAGCAGCAGUUCAGUAAGUCAUCAUUUUUUUAUUUCACAUUGUGACCUUCUACAUCCCUUUACGCUGUACCAUUUCACAAAUGCAUUUCAUUUAAAUUUGCGAACUACCAAAUGCAUUAGGUGGCACUUUUAAUGUUUUAUGAUUAGCAUAUAUAUAUAUAUAUAUAUAUACUUUUUUACUUAUUUGUGUUAUAAUCCUAUUUUAUAUAUAUCAAACAAACAUUUAAACAUUUUUUAAAAAGUAUUGAACACCUUCACUGGGUUCAUCCUCCAAAAAAAUGCACUCAAGAAACUCUUCGAAGAUUUGCACAAAUGAAAUUGAAAAAAAAAUUUGAUGGUUGAUAAAAGCAGAUUUUUUUGUUUGUAUUGUUUAUCUUUUCUGUAUUUAUAAUGUUUGCCCUAAUAACUGCAAGCAACAAUGCCUCAAUAUGCCAUCAUGUUUUUCCCAGUAAACAUUUGUGUGUGAUAAAUUCAUGUAAUUCUCUCGAUGUUAGUUGUAGAUUUGAGUAGCGACAACCAUCACAAUCCAUUCACAAUGCGGGUGAGGGUAAGAAGGGACUGUUUUGUUUUGAUGACUUUUGUUUAAUAUCACUAUUUUGAUGCAAAUGUUUCAGUAAAUUUUUUUCUUAAGAAGUCUAAAUCCA